UUAUCAGAAGUUUAUUUCUAAGAAUCAUUCAGGAUUUCCAAAGCCCUCGACUUCCUGAUUUCCAGUUUCAAUAGAAGUAACGAUAGUGCUGCUCCCCCCCGCGUCCCCCCCUCCUCCCCUUUCUUACAACACAGGCUGGCUGCCGGACCGGUAUAUAAACCCCGAGAAGUCCCCCAGUAUGAACAUGAAUUUCUGAAAACGUCCUCUGCCAACACCAAUCUCUAUUAAGUUGCUCCCGGGACGCGGCUCACAAUGAAGUUCGUACCGGCAGGUAAAAAAAGAGACAAGAAAACAAAAUUCCAACUUGGGAGCAAUGAUUUCCCCUUCUCCCCACUUUUCUUUCCCCCCCUUUCCGCGGGGAUGCCCGGGCGGGCGGGUCGCGGUACCCGCAGCCAGGGCUCCCGCCGCGCCGCGCUCCCCCGGGACGAGCAUCUCUGGGAAUUGGCAGCGGGAGCGCGGCGCGGCGCUGGCGCGGUGCAGCCACAUCUGGACACUUAUAUAACUGGAAUUGCUUCCAAACCAAAAAAAAAAGACAAGGGGGGAAGACUUUUUUUUUAAAUUUGGGCUUUUUUGGCUUUUUUUUUUUUAAAUGUUGUCCCCCCUCCUGCUUUUCCUCCUGCUGGGUGUCUCGAUGUCGCGAGCUGCGCUGCCUGGGGAGCACCGGAGGGAUGGGGAGGCUGCCAAGUGCAGGACGGGGGGUGGGGGCAACGGCCGCCACCCCAGAGGCCGUGCUGGGGGUCCCAUGGUGCAGCACCCACCCGGGACCCCCCACCCAUCCAGCACCCAUGGGUGCUGAGCCCCACUCUGCCCAGCUGUGACAUGGGGACACGGCAAGAGGGGCUUGCAGGGGGUCAGGGCAGCCGUGUCCCAUGGGGGUGCGGGUUGGAAGGGUCCCCCCUGUCCUCGUCCCGCGCAGGGGGAAGCGGCGGGUCAGGGCUCACAACACGCCCAGGUAAGUCCUUUCCCACCUGGGCAGGGUAAAUAAAGGAAGGUUUGUAUUACCCGGCACCGGCGGCACGUCGGAGGCGCUGACAAGUGUGGGCAGCUUCGGCGCUUGUCACGGCCGGGGACGUCACCUGGCAGCACCCCCGCGGCCUCCGGGACCCCCAGGGACAUGGCCAGGUCACCGGCCAGCAGAGACCCCGCAGGGACCUGUCCUGAGGACACAGAGCACCAUGGCGGGGCUCUGGAUGGGCUUGGCCUCCCCGAGCAGGGGUGCUGCUUUGGGGGGUCCCCAUGGAUGGGGGCUGGAGCACCCCGCUCUCGCCCCGUGGCAGGAGGGGGACGCCGGGGUGACCCAGCUGUGGGCAGCUCAAGGGUCCCCUUGUUCCGCGUCCAGGGAUUUGCUGGCCGGCGUCUCUGGCAGCUGCGGCGGCUCUCCCAAGGCUCCUCGGCGCUGCGCCCGCUUCGCAGACGGGGAAACUGAGGCAGGCGGCGGGGCCGGAGGCGGGAGGGAAGGGGGAUGCCGGAGGCAGGUUUCCUUGCGGGCGCCCCGCUGAGUCAGCCGGGGCCGGGGUGGGGCCUCGCUCCCGCAGGCCCGGCCGAGGAUAACGGAGGGAAAAGCGCUUUGCAUAUUUGAUUAAACCCAACAGGUCGUCACCGGGCCGGUUGCGAAAUGUGGGAAUGCCACGGGGCGCCCCGCCGGGAAGGGAGGCGGGGGAGCGCCUGCCGGGGGGCAGGCGUCGUGCCCUUCGUGGCCCUGCUCCUGCUGCAGCGGCGGCCGGUGGCCGGGCGGGCGCUGCUGGUGACCGGGUCCAGCUGCCCCGGCCAUGGCUUGUGCCGCUCCAACGUCCAGGAGCAGACCCGCAGGCAGGUCGCACUGCUCAACGCCACCGCCCAGGACCUCUUCAGUCUCUACCUGAAGUGCCAGGGAGAGCCGUUCAGCAGCGAGGCCGACAAGCUCUGCAACCCCAGCGGUGUCAUCUUCCCGCCGUUUCGCGUCAACCGGACGAGCGAGAGGAAGGAGGUGAUGGUGGCCAUGUACCAGCUCUUCGCCUUCCUCAACGCCUCGCUGGGGAACAUCACGCGCGACCAGGAGGAGCUCAACCCCACAGCCAAGGAGCUCCUCGACCGGCUCCACAACACCACCAAGACCACCCGGGGCCUCAUCUCCAACCUCACCUGCCUCCUCUGCAAGAACUACAACAUCUUCCAGGUGGACGUCAGUUAUGGCGAGAGCUCCAAGGGCAAGGGCACCUUCAGGAAGAAGCAGCAGGGCUGCCAGGUGCUCAGGAAGUAUGUGCAGGUCAUCGCCCAGGCGGCCCGUGUCCUCCUACCUCAUCUCAGCCCCCCCUGAGCGCCCGCCCCCGCUCCUCCACCCACCCCCAGCACUUGGUGAGGACACGGAGCCGGCCGUGCCGUCCCCGCACCGCUGCCUCCUGACCUCCUGCCUUCCUAUUUAUUACCCUGGACCCUGCACUGGCCCCAUCCACACUUUGGUGAUUUAUUUGCCCCUUCUGGGGUGAACUUCACAGCCUGGUGUGCCCCUGGUGGAGCAGAACCAGGGGGCGCGGCAUCCAGCGGGACGAGGCAGCGCAUCCCUGGUCCCAGCAGCAGAGGUGACGCCGGGGCACGGGCCGGUCCCAGGAUGUGCCUGGGCCAUCCCCGUCCUCCCACGGGGUGCGGGGACACGGGGGGGCUGUGAGGGGCUGGACUGUGUCCCCCAUGGCCUGCCUCCUCCAUCACGGAGAGCAACCCGAUGGACAUUCCCGAGCAUCAUCCCAAAGCCUGUACUUCCCUGGGAAGAAGGAUUGGCAUGAAGGACACCGGGAUUCCACAGCUGGUGGGGACACGGGGACACGCUCCCCAUGCACAUUUUUGGGGCUGGGCUCCCCUACAAGGAGCUGAACUGAGGGUACCGGGGUGGCCGCAGCGGUCGGGGCUGGGUCCCGCUAUCUCAAACGAGGCCACUCGCUGGGGACAGAGCUGGUGGCCACCCCAGCGGAGAGCACCGUCUGCCCCACCAGAGAGCAUCAUCCGCCCCACGCGGGCACGGCGGGGCAUGGAGAACCCAUCUAUCCCCUUUGGAAAAGGGCUUUUCAUGUCAGAAGGGCUCUGAAUGUACCAGUGGCCCAGCCAAGGGCUGGGUGGUGCAGGGCCAAACAUGUGUCCCUGGCACGGGGACGUGGGGACACAGAGACGUGGGGGCGCGGGGACGGGCCCCAGGCCGGUGGCAGGAGGCGCUGGCUCGCUCCUGGCACCGGAGCGGCUGCGAGGGUUAUUUAUUGCCUCGGUGGACAGCCCAGCAUGCACCGAGUGCUCUGACCUGACUUUUAAUAAUGUUAUUAAUAAUAAUAAUAAUUAAUAAUAAUUAAUAAUAAGAUUUGUGGUAAUAUAUAUAUAUAGAAGUCUAUUUAAAUAUUUAUUUUUUUAUACUUCUUGUCCCCCUUUUUUAAAUAAACCAACAGAAACAGACUGGAUUUGACUCCUCUUUGCUGGGUUCCCUUCAUGCUCACCCUUACCCUCGGGCUGCCCCGAGCUGCCCCGAACAAC